GAAAAACAAAAACACUGGAUUGACUAAUGACUGGACACUGCUGGAUAGUUUAUUUUUUAGCGUUCAGUGUUUAAUAGUGUUUAAUUAAUUACAGACGAGAUUGCAGUCAUUACAGAUUACAGCUGUGAUAAAGGAAAAUAGAUAAUAAUUUAUUGGACUGCCCCUUGCCACUCGAAUUUGGUAAGUACUAUAUUGUGUUCUGGUAUUUUUCAGAAGGUAAUGAAAUCAUCUUUUUAAAGAGGUCAGAUCAUUAUUCACAAUCAAUGUAGGUACUGAUCAAAGACGAAAAUACGAUCCACAAUUCUACAUAAUAUUUAUCAUAAAUAUUACUGACAGACAAAGACAUUUUGUAUAUUGAAUGUAUAUUGAAUGUUUUCAAAACAUUUGGAAAUGUUUGGACAUUCCUCAAGAGGGUAUGUUGACAUUGUUGAUAUACCUUCAAAAACCUCACUGUAUUCUAUAAUCAAGGAAUAACAAAACUUGAAGGAUACCUUGUGUCCUGUAUUAAUUAUUAUUAUUGAAAUCCUAGUGAACUGAUAAACUGCUGUCUUGGAAAUCUGAAGUCAAACCUGGGUCACAUUAGGUUUCUUAUUGAAAUUGAUACAAAGUCAAUCAGGAGGUCUUCUUUUGUUAAAUAUUGUGAAAUAUAAAAGCCUUACAACUUACAGUUGUGAAUGAUAUUAUAAUAAUUUCAAUUUAUCUCAACACAGCUAUUGGAGCAUGUUCACAAUGCGCCUAAAAUUUGGAUCUGAGGAAAAUAAAGAAUGGAGAUGUUGCUUCUGUUUGCAUGUGCGUUCAGCCACUAUUCUCUUUGGAAUAUGGCAUCUGAUGUUGCAUAUUCUGGCGUUAACAGUACUGGCAUUGAUCAUGCGCAAUAAUCACGUCAUCAUACAAAAGAACGAGGAAAUUCAGAAUGACUUCUUACCAACCCCUUUGAGCAAGAAGGAUGAUGAUAACCCUUAUUAUUUGCCUACCACGCAGAAUGGCCACAACUUUUAUUCAGCCGAUAUUGAUAUGGGAGCAUUGAUGACUGUCUGCACUUUAUCUAUUACCCUCUUGAUGGUGUACGGGACAAUCAAAGGAAAAGCUACACAUCUGCUACCUUUCUUCUUUCUUGAAUUAUUCGAUUUCGCCAUAACGACGCUCACUGCAACAGGAUAUUUUUGCUAUCUCAGAUCGGCCCAUCGUCUCAUUGCAGAACACUGGAACUUGCCAUUACGUCACGAACUUCUACAGCUCAGUCCUGACGUACUGACCUUGGUCGUUUUGAUUGCAUUCGUGUUGUCUAUGAUUUGGAAGGCUUAUUGGAUAAGCGUGGUGUGGCGCUGCUACAAGUACCUCACUCUCCGGCAACAGUCCUCGCGCAACACCCUCCACUACAUCGUCCCGGAGUCGGACAGAGCCAACGACCCGGACUUUUCUCUCUUCCGGGACCACGAGGCGGCGUUCGGCGCAGGCGUGAAGCUAACGCCGCCGCCGUCCUAUCAGGACAUCAUGGACGACCAGCCGCCGCCGUAUGCGAAUUCGGUGGUUUCGGAGGUGGUACAGGAGGCGGAUAGGCAGGUUGAGGUUCUGGCAUCGGCAACAUCGAAUGACAUUCCAUCAACAACUGAAACAGAACGCGAGAACAUCGAGGCCGUUAUUGAAGACGAAGCUGACCGAAUGGUAACGACCUUGAAUGAAAUUCCCGACAACACUGACGCAAAUCGUGUUGUCGAAGCUGUCAAUCCGGCUGUCAAUGUUGUCGCUAAGGAAACAGCAACUGCCUGAAGUAAUUA